GAAAAGGUAACUUGGUAUUGUUUAUCUCAUUUCCUACUCACCUCUACUCGAGUCUUGUGAUGGAUAGGCAAGGCAUUUCACCUUCGGUCUACAACAACAAUGAUGAGUUCGAUGCCAUGAAUAACUCUACCGAUGCCAAGACGCAAGCUCAAAUGGAUGAGAUCAAAGCCCACAUCAAGUCCUACAAGCGAUCUUCCUCAUCUUCGAGAAGACGCUCAAGUACACAUGCUUCCGAGCUACCAUCUCCGGCAAGGUCACAUCGGCAUCGACACCAUCACCAACAAGAACGUGAAGGUCAAGAGCUCAACACCAACAACCGCUCAAUGACUUCACCAUCUCCCUUGGCAUCUUCGCCUACAGACAUACGGCAUCUUCGCCUACGAAUUCGGCCAGUUCGCUCAUUCACCACUCUGCCGAUACUAGAAUACCCUGAUUUAAGAUUUAUUGAAAUGAAGAGGGCCUCUCUUUUCCAGAGAGAAGCUAUGAAGACUGGGAAGAAGAAGAAGGUGGAGAAUAUGUCGGAUGUAGCUGAAGAGCAAACCGGCGAAGUUGUGUGUAUGCUGAUUGUGUUCGAAGAGCAAACUGAAGAACCAACAUUGUCUAUGUCGAAUGUGACCAUAGAGCAAACUGAAGAUGUGUCACCACCAGUUUAUGAUUUUAGUCGUCUUAAACAUGAUCCUGGGGAAAGGCUACCCAUAGCAAGUUAUCCUGUCAAUGAUCAAGACACGGUUCGAAGAGCAUAUAUCCUUAAAAAGUUAUUCAAACCUUAUGCACAUGACUUUAAAAAAGAACAAUUGGGAGUAGAGAACGUUUAUAAUCAAUCUGCAGAUGAGUCAUGCGCAAAAGGCUAUCACAUAAAGAACAACUAGCUUUGUGAUUGUGUUUUGUUGAUAAAGUAGGAAGGUCGUGUGAGCACUUUCUUGGAGUUGGUCAUGUAAGUGACACUACUUCAUUGUCACUUAAGGAAGCAAUUGAGACUUUACUUACUAAUCAUGGUUUGACUAUAACUCAAAUUCAUGGGCAAGGAUAUGAUGGGGCUAGUAAUAUGAGAGCAGAAAUUAAAGGAGUGAAACCAUUGAUCAUGAAAGAGUCACCUUCUACCUAUUAUAUUCAUUGUU